GCCUAGCACAUUUCACAUGGACUCAGACACACACAGACACAGGGAGGGGGGACUGGCUAGGAGUUCCUGGCAGGAUGUCAGUAUCUGGGCUGUAGGGGGCCUGCCAGAGUCCUCCAUGGUAAUGAUGCAUGGAGUCCACCCAGUGGCUGUGGUCAGCCAGGGGAGUGGCAGAGGGGCACUGUUCUCCAGUUGUGGGACUGAGGGUCCCCUUCCCAGCCCUGAUGAAGACUGGGUCCCUGCCCAGAUGUGAACGCUGGAGGGGGCAGGCCGGGGUCCAGCUGUGGCCACAGGGAGGGGUUGAGUCAGCCGCUUCCCAGCAGUACAACCCAGGCUGGGCCCAGCUGUUCCUGGAAACCAGUAGGGGGGGUGGGCUCCCCAAUCCAGCUGGGGGCUGCUGGCCCAGACCUGCACACCAGGGCUCUGUGUCCCUACAAAUGGCGGCCUUCAGACCAUCCCCCAAAACGUUGGGGGCUCUCUUUACCUAAAACAGGGGUUUGGAUCCUUCUUCCAAAAUGUGGAAGGUUUUUCAACGCCUCUUGCUGAAUUAAAGGUGCCUGGAUCUCCGCAAAGCGGGGCUCCCUGUGUUUCAAAACAGAGAUUGCUGCUGUCUUCCCUGCCGACAUAGAAGCUCACUGCUUUUCCCCAAAUGUGGGACUCCCUGCCGCUGCAAAAUGGAGGGUUAUGCUCCUCCCCCAAAUUGAGCACACCCAGACUCUUCCUUAAGUCUGGGGACUCCUGCCUCCCCGAACAUCUGGGACGCCCACAACAGCACACCAACAUUAGCACAAUUUAAGUCAAUUUGCCUAAAUAUUUGGAUUUCCAGAUUUCACCUAAACAUCAAAAUCCCUGCGACCCUCGCCCUAAUGUGGUGAUUUCAGCCUGUCCAGCCACCCAUGCUUGUAACAGCUGUGGUUCCUGGCUCACCUCCCAUUGCUACCUGGGAACGGGGGGUGGCCCUGUUUCCCUGUAUUGGCAGCACCCUCUCCUCUGGUGAAUGCGAGGUGGGGGAGCCAACGGCAGCUGUUCCCACGACCGCCGGAAGACAGCCCAGUCCGGAAGCCAGCGCUGCCGGCCCUUGUCCCCUUCCCCCACUAUCCUCUCCACCCGCUCCCAGGGGCUGGAGUCUGGAAAACCACGCGGGAGGAGGUUGUGGGGAUAUGGACGAGCAUCCGAGGCCCCCGGUUACAGACGUUCCACGUUCCGUCUCCCUGUGCCAGCCCUCAGGACCUGAGCAGCGGCCUUGCCGUAGCCUAUGUGCUGAACCAGAUGUGAGUGGAGCUGAGGGGGAGGAUCCCAAAAGUGCCCCCCAGUCUGCUCAUCCCACCUUCUCGCCCCCAGAGACCCCUCCUGGUUCAACGAGACAUGGCUACAGGGCAUCUCGGAAGAUCCAGGUCAGCAAUCUGAAGAUGGUCUUACGGAGCCUAGUAGAGUACUCCCAGGAUGUCCUGGCGCAUCCUGUGUCAGAAGAGCACCUCCCAGAUGUGAGCCUCAUUGGAGAGUUCUCAGACCCGGCAGAGCUCGGCAAGCUGCUUCAGCUGGUGCUGGGCUGUGCCAUCAGUUGCGAGAAAAAGCAAGAGCACAUCCAGAGAAUCAUGACGCUGGAAGAAUCCGUUCAGCAUGUGGUGAUGGAAGCCAUCCAGGAGCUCAUGACCAAAGACAUUCCUGACUCCCUGUCACCAGAGACAUAUGGCAACUUUGACAGCCAGUCCCGCAGGUACUAUUUCCUAAGUGAGGAGGCUGAGGAGGGGGACGAAUUACAGCAGCGCUGUCUGGAUCUGGAGCGGCAGCUGAUGCUCCUGUCAGAGGAGAAGCAGAGCCUGGCGCAAGAGAAUGCAGCGCUGAGGGAGCGGGUGGGCCGGCCUGAAGGCGAGGGUACCCCAGGUCUCACUGCCAAGAAGCUGCUGCUGCUGCAAUCCCAGCUGGAGCAGUUGCAGGAGGAGAACUUCAGGCUGGAGAGUGGCAGGGAGGAUGAGCACCUGCGCUGUGCCGAGCUGGAGAGGGAGGUGGCAGAGCUGCAGCACCGGAACCAGGCGCUGACAAGCCUGGCCCAGGAGGCUCAGGCCCUGAAGGAUGAGAUGGAUGAGCUACGGCAGUCCUCGGAGCGUGCUGGGCAGCUGGAGGCCACGCUGACCAGUUGCCGACGCCGCUUGGGCGAGCUGAGGGAGCUGCGGCGGCAGGUGCGGCAGCUGGAGGAACGCAACGCCGGCCACGCCGAGCGCACGCGGCAGCUGGAGGAUGAGCUGCGCCGAGCCGGCUCCCUGCGCGCCCAGCUGGAGGCGCAGCGGCAGCAGGUGCAGGAACUGCAGGGCCAGUGGCAGGAGGAGGCCAUGAAGGCCGAGAAAUGGCUAUUUGAAUUCCGCAACCUGGAGGAAAAGUAUGAGUCGGUGACAAAGGAGAAGGAGCGGCUGUUGGCGGAGCGGGACUCCUUGCGGGAGGCCAAUGAGGAGCUGCGCUGCGCCCAGCUGCAGCCGCGGGGGUUGAUCCAGGCCGAUCCCUCACUGGAUCCCACCUCCCCACCCGUGGAUAACUUAGCCGCGGAGAUCCUGCCUGCGGAGCUCAGGGAGACGCUCCUGCGGCUUCAGCUGGAGAACAAGCGGCUGUGCCGGCAGGAGGCGGCCGACCGGGAGCGGCAGGAGGAGCUGCAGCGCCACCUGGAGGAGGCCAACCGCGCGCGCCACGGGUUGGAGACGCAGCACCGGCUGAACCAGCAGCAGAUAUCCGAGCUGCGGGCCCAGGUGGAGGACCUGCAGAAAGCACUGCAGGGGCAGGGGGGCAAGACCGAAGACGUGAGUUCCAUCUUGUUGAAAAGGAAGCUGGAGGAACAUUUGCAGAAGCUUCAUGAGGCAGAUCUGGAGUUGCAGAGGAAGCGGGAGUACAUUGAGGAGCUGGAGCCACCCACUGACAGCAGCACCCGGCGGAUCGAGGAGCUGCAGCAUAACCUGCAGAAGAAGGACGCGGACUUGCGGGCCAUGGAGGAGCGAUACCGCCGCUACGUAGACAAGGCCCGCAUGGUCAUGCAGACCAUGGAACCUAAGCAGCGGCCAGCUGCGGGGGCACCUCCAGAACUCCAUUCCCUGAGGACACAACUCCGAGAACGGGAUGUCCGCAUCCGACACCUGGAGAUGGACUUUGAGAAAAGCCGAAGUCAGCGGGAGCAGGAAGAAAAGCUGCUCAUCAGUGCCUGGUAUAAUAUGGGCAUGGCCUUGCAGCAGCGAGCUGGGGAAGAGCGGGUGCCUGCCCAUGCCCAGUCAUUCCUGGCACAGCAGCGGCUGGCAACCAAUGCUCGCCGUGGACCCCUGGGACGCCUGGCAUCUCUGAACCUUCGCCCCAAUGACAAGCACUGACAGACCUCACAAUCAAGCCAGCCUGGGCUCCACCCACCCUGGCUUCCUCCAACUCACAUGGCACCCAGCAUUGGGCUUCAGCCAGCUGCUCGAGAGCUUUGAGGCUGUGAUCUCUGCUCUUCCCUCUCCCAGACUGGUGGGGAGGGAGGGAGGGAGGGAGGUAUAGGCCUGUCCUUUUUAGCAAUGUGAUUCUUAUCAUUGAUUCUCUCUCUGGAGUUCAUGUGCUGCCUGGGGAGACUCUGAUUUUAUAUUGGAGAAAAAUAAAGGCCUUCAAUCUGCCCUGGCUGUGCUCUGGGCACCAAGGUGAGGGAGAGAAAGUGGGCCAGAGGCUUAGCCCAUUGCCUUUAAGAAAAGCUUAGCGGCCAGGUGCGGUGGCUCAUGUCUGUAAUCCCAGCACUUUGGGAAGCUGAGGCAGGUGGAUCACCUGAGGUCAGGAGUUUGAGACCAGCCUGGCCAACAUGGCAAAACCCCUCCUCUACUAAAAAUACAAAAAUUAGCAGGUCAUGGUGGUACAUGCCUGUAAUCCCAGCUACUUGGGAGGCUGAGGUGGGAGAAUCGCUUGAACCCGGAAAACAGAGGUUGCAGUGAGCUGAGAUCAUGCGAUUGCACUCCAGCCUGGGCAACAGAGCAAGACUCCAUCUCAAAAAGAAAAAAAAAAGAAAAGAAAUAAAAGUUCGGCUUGCAUUCUUACUAAA